AUGGAGGUGUACUCCGACAAUGGUCCUCAGUUCCUUUCUAAAGAAUUCAGGGACUUCGGUACAUUAUUCGAUUUUGUUCAUGUCACCUCAAGUCCAAGAUUCCCAAGAUCUAACGGACUCUCUGAAAAGGGGGUGCAAAUCGUCAAAAGGGUCCUCAAGAAAAGCACUUAUGCUGACACCAACUUCUUCCUAGGACUGCUAAACUACCGGACGACACCGCUGGAAGACGGGAACUCCCUGGCAGACAUACUGAUGGGUCGACGACUACGGUCCCGCCUACCAGACUUCGGAAGUGUUUCACAGGUGGACGUCCGAAAGCAUCGAAAGAGUACGCCACGAGGCGUCACCUGCAACCUCUGCGGUCAGGUGAAACCGUCCGAAUCCACCAAGAUGGUGCUUGGACCGUCAAAACGAAAGUGCAAGACCGCUUGGCACCGAGGUCCUACAAAGUCGUCACGGAGGACAAUAAAAUACUGCGAACGAAUCGGCAGCACCUGGUUCCAACGUCUGAGCUCUACGUUCGGACAACACCAGCCAUGGGUGAUCUUCCAUGCACAGGAAGCAAGCCAUUCAGCAAUGUACUGA